UCCUCCGCCCGGCGCAUGGCUUCAGACGUGGUGUCCGGCUCGUACCCGCACCCCGACUGCCCCGGAGCCCCCCAGCAUCCCCGCGUCCCGGCUCGGGGGGUCGGCACGGAGCCCCCCAGCACUCCUGCAUCCCGGCUCGGGGGAUCGGCACGGAGACCCCCAGCACUCCUGCAUCCCGGCUCGGGAGAUCGCACCCACCCGCACACCGAUCCCCUCGGGCCCGAGCCCCCCGCCCGCCGCCCGCCGCGGCGGCCCCGGUACCGCGGGCUCCGUUACGAAACGCGGCCGGGGCGGGGCGGGCGGCGGCGGCCAAUGGCGGCCCGGACAGCCCCGCCACCGGCGCCUGCCCGGGGUCCCUCCGGCGGGACGGGGCGGGCCGGGCCGGCAGCCGCAGCCUCCGCCGGGCCGGCCGGGGCGGAGCGGGGCAAUGCGCGGGGGCGCGGCGGCGGCCGGGCCGUGCGGGCACCGCCGGCUGUAGGGACAGCUCCCCCGAGCGCCGCCAUGAGCGGCCCCUCCAGCCCGAGCUCCCCGGCGCCCGGGGAGAGCCUUCCCGGGCCGGACCUGCUGCGCUGCCCCUGCUGCUGCCUGCUCCUCUGGGAGCCGGUGACCGCGUCUUGCGGUCACUCCUUCUGCAAGCCGUGCCUCGGCGGGGCCGGCCCGGCGCUCUGCCCGCUGUGCCAGGAGCGGCUGGAGCUGCCGGGCAUCGCGGAGCCGAGGUGCAGCGUGGUGCUGUGCGGGAUCCUGGAGCGCUGCGUGCCGCGGCAGCGGCGCCUGGCCGGGCUGGCGGAGCGCGUCCGCCACCGCCUCGCCCGCGGGGACGCGCGGGAGGCGCUGAGGAUGGCGCAGAGAGGGGUCGAGCUGGCCCUGGACUGCAGCUCCCUGCGGCUGUGCCGGGCAGAGGCGUUGGUGGCCUUGGGGCAGCAUCCACAGGCACUGGAGGACCUGGAUGCCGUGUGCAGGGCUGAGCCUGCAGAGCACGAGGCCUUCUUCAAGAAAGGGAAGGUGCUCCUGGAGAUGGGGCAGAGAGCCGAAGCCCUGCUGGCAUGGGAGCACUGCCUGACACUCAGUCCCCAUUUCCAGCCCGCUCGCAGAGAGAUGGAGAAGAUCAUCAUGGGAGCCGAUGCACCCCUGGGUGAUGCUCCCCUGAGCUCAGCUGGUUCCCAGGUUGAUGGAGGCAGCCCAGUGCUCCCAUCUUCCACACAAGCUCAGGAUCAGGAGGGACAGCUGUCAGAUGGGGAUGCUGGGUGUGAGCACAGCCCAGACACAGCCAGCCCUCCCCAGCCGGGGCGAUGGCAAGAACGGGACACCUCGGCAGAGAGUCAGGGCCGGAGCCUGCUGGAUAAAGAGGAGGAAACAGCAGCAGCAAAGUGUACCCAGCAAUGCCUCAGGGAGUCACUGAGCAUAUCUGACUUGGAGUGCUCGCUCUGCAUACGGAUGUUCUUUGAGCCGGUGACGACGCCCUGUGGUCACACCUUCUGCAAGGAGUGCCUGGAACGCUGCCUGGACCACCGGCCCAACUGCCCCCUCUGCAAGCAGAGCCUGAGAGAGUACCUGAAGGCUGGGAGGUACAGCCCCACGGUGCUGCUGCAGGACAUCAUGCUGGCCACCUUCCCCACACAGCUGGCCGAGCGCCGGGACCUGCACCGGGCGGAGAUGGCAGAGCUCUCCAACCUGACCAAGAACAUUCCCAUCUUUGUGUGCACGAUGGCCUUCCCUGGCAUCCCCUGUCCCCUGCACGUCUUCGAGCCUCGGUACCGCCUGAUGAUCCGGCGGUGCCAGGAGAGCGGCACCAGGAGGUUUGGCAUGUGCAUAUAUGAGAACGGGAAAAGCUUUGCUGACUAUGGCUGCAUGCUGGAGAUCCGUCAGGUGGAGCUGCUGGCAGAUGGCAGGUCCCUGGUGGACACCGUGGGCCGGCAGCGGUUCCGGGUGCUGAGCCGCGGGCACAGGGACGGCUACCACACCGCCGACAUCGAGUACCUGGAGGACAAGAAGGUGUCUGGGGAGGAGCUGCAGGAGCUGCAGUGCCUGCAUGAGAGCACGUAUCGCCUGGCGCAGCGCUUCUGUGAGCACGGGGACCUCACCUCCAGGCACAUUCUGAUGCAGCACGGGCCACUGCCAGAGAAGGAGGAGGACAUCCAGGCUUCAGCAGACGGCCCCACGUGGUGCUGGUGGCUCAUCUCCAUCCUGCCCCUGGACCCGUCCUACCAGCUGAGCCUCUUCUCCUGCACGUCGCUGCGCGCGCGCCUGUCGCAGCUGCAGCGCAUCCUCACGGCGCUGCUGCAGCAGCCCCCGCCGCGCCACCUCCUGCCCGAGCGCGGCCCCCGGGGCCGGGUCUGAGCCGGCCCUGCCCUCCCUCAGGCUCAAAGCCACCCUCAGGCUCCUCUCUGUGUGUUGCUCCACGGUUUGUGUGUGGUUUGAGCCGCCCCAUCCCCAAAAAAAGUGACCUCGGCGCCGCCCUCGCCCGCCGGCAGCGACACUGUGCCGUCCGUGCCACCGAAGGGGACACUGGCAUGCAGAGCUGGGUUGUGUCUCCAAAGCCAAAGCCACUUCUGAGUGGCUUUUGCACUGAGGAGGAUUCUCCUUGGGGCAGAGGACUGAGUGCAGGGAUUGCCUCAGUUUUGGUUCUUCCACUUUGAAGGACAGCUUAGGGGUUUUGGUAGAUGAUCCUGAUUCACGCAGAAAGUUCAGAGGCUGGGCAGAGGUGGCACUGGGGAAGCAGAGAGGUUCCAGUGGCUUCCCCCAGCCUUGGGAGCUGAUGGCUCUGCCACUGCUUGCAGCUUUGACUUAGUUUGUGUUUGAACAAGAAGGUUAAAUUAAACAAUCUGAAACUCAUGGUCUUGCUCCUAACCACCUCCAUGGCCACGUGGUGAGGAGAUGGUUCCCUUUGAAUGCUCUCAGGUCCAUUCAUCCCCUUCCCAUGCUCUGCUCGGUGCUGUGCUUGCUCGCCAGACCCUUCCCACCAGCCACUCCCCUCACUGCCGUUCCAAUGCUGUGAAGUGCUGUGGCAGGGGGAUUUUGUGGGAUUUUGUCAGCUUUGGUGCUUUUCCCCCUACCCAAAGGCUGCUGUUCCCAACCCUGGCUGGGUUCAGGUUACAGGGUCCGACCUGGGGGCUGGGAGGAGCUGAUAGCACAAGGGAGUUAAGUCUGGAAGUUUUAUUGUGAGACUUUCUGCUCCUUGACUAAUGCAAUUUUUCCCCUGUUCUGUGUUUCUUGUGAACUUUCUGACUCCUCAGGAGAAAAUUGGAAUCUCAGCCGAGGCUGGACCCUUGCACUUGGGACCCAGAAUAGUUCAGGAUCCCCCAAAAGAGCACAGUGAAGUCAAAGGGAUCCAAAUCUCUGGAGAGGCAGGGAGGGGGUAGGAUCAGUGACUGAGGCCAUGAGCCACAGGUCAGGGCAGUGAGUGCUUGGCUGCUGCUUGUCUCUAGACACAGGGCAAAGACUCUCUGGAGAGACCAGACCUCCAUGGGAAUUCUGGAGAUUUGGGAUUUUUGUUUUUCAUCCAUAAUUUCAGUGGCUUUGGGUUCAAUUCUAGGAGUGACAUCCACUCAGUCACUGGAUUAACAUUGCUUCUGGAAUUCUAUCCCUGCAUUUCUCAAAGGCACCACACCCCCUCAGAGUGCUGUUGGAUGUCUCUGUGGGAGAGAAAAUCAGGGCAGUGAUCCUUACUGCAUGUGUUGCUGGGCUGAGCCUGGGCUGGGAGACUGGGCAUAGCUCCAGAGAGGUCCCUGCUCAGGGCCACCACCUUUCCCUGUCCUGUCUCCAGGACUGAGAAGUCCCUGUCCCUCCUCUCUAUCAAAGUGCCUCCCUGGAGUGACAGUCAGGAACUGAGGGCUUCUCCCCAGGGACCUCUGCCAGCACAGGGCAGCUCAGGACAGUUCAGAGCUGUGUUUGCUCCUGCACCACGACUCCCAAGAGCCAUAUCCCUGGGAUGUCAGAUUGGCAUGGGCUGGGGUGGGUGAUGAGGGGGUGCUUUGCAGUCCCAGGGCAGGUGGCAGGAUGACACUGAAGUUUGGGAAGUGCCUUUCUUUUCCCCUGGGUCAAUGUGGGCUCAGUGACAUCCCCACCCCAAGCCACUCUCCUGUCCCCUGAGUCACCAUUUCCCCAGGGUUGAGAGGUCCCUGUGGGUCCCUCCAGCAAGGGGUGGCCUGGGGGGGAUGCAGGGACAAGUGUGGCUGUGCACCAUGUCACACUGGGGAGGAGCCAGGGACCAGAGCCACAUCAGCCUGGCUGCUUGACAAGGGAUCCGUGCAAAUCGCUCCAGUUUGCUUGGAGCACCUUUGUGGUUUUUAUUACUACCUGUGCUCUUGGAAUUACAUUUUCUUUCAGGUCAUUGAAAUAAAGACCUUUGUUGUUGUUGUUA